ACGGAAGUGAAAACAAGACCGGGGGGCCGGGGCUGCUGCCUCACAGACCGCCGCGGGUGUCCUCGCCGCUCCGCGCCGCGCUACGGGGCAUCAGUUCUUUGGAUUUGAUCCUUGAAUACUAAACAUCAUGAGCAACUACAGCGUGUCUUUGGUUGGCCCAGCUCCUUGGGGUUUCAGGCUUCAAGGGGGGAAGGAUUUCAACAUGCCUCUGUCUAUCUCUCGGCUCAAUGACGGUGGUAAAGCAGCCCAAGCACACGUGGGGAUAGGUGAUGUUGUUCUCACCAUCGAUGGGAUAAGUACAGAUGGAAUGACUCAUCUAGAAGCACAAAACAAGAUCAAGGCAUGUACAGGCAAUUUGAAUAUGACUCUGCAAAGGGUUGCCCAAAUAUCAAAACCCGAUCUUAUUCAUGUAUCAAAGGGGGAACCUACAGAAGUAGUUAAGCCUGUGCCCAUUGCCUCUGCUGCCGCACCCAAACCCACUGCCGCGGCCAGCGUGGCUUUCAAUAAGACCCCGAGGCCGUUCGGAGCUGUCACCUUCCCCAAAAUCACCUCCAUCCCAUCACCGUCCUCCGCCUUCACCCCGGCCCAAGCAGCGGCUCCAUCCUUGGCCUCUGCCAACCCGGCCCGGUUCGCUGCUCCCGGACUGCAUGUUAACGCCAAGCCUAACGCUGAGCAGGGGCCGCCAGCUCCGAGCGCUCCUAAACCUGCAGUUAAUGUCCCACGGCAGCCCGGCCCGCACAGUGCCGCCCCCAGCGCCUCUGCCGGCGACGGCACCCAGGACGGAGCCGAGGGGCCGCGACGAGGAUUGAGAGAAAACCAGGGGGAGAGUAAACAGCAAAAUGGGAAAAUCCCACCCAAACGCCCUCCACGGAAGCACAUCGUGGACACCUAUACAGAGUUUUACCACACCCCCACCCACAGUGAUGCCAGCAAGAAGAGACUGAUUGAAGACACUGAAGACUGGCACCCCCGGACCGGAACCACCCAGUCCCGCUCCUUCCGAAUUCUUGCCCAAAUCACCGGCACCGAUCACACGAAAGCAUCAGAAAGUGAAGCUCCGAAGAAGACUAAGAAAAGCCAAACAGAAAAUGGAGACUUCAGCAUAACUUCAGAUCUACCUAAUGGAGCAGGAGCCCACGAUACCUGUAUUAAUCUGAAUAAAAACUCUGUAGCUACCCAGAUUUUGGAGAUGCCACCUGUACCACAGUUUUCACCCACAACUUUACCAACUAUGAGUGAAAGUGGGGCUAGACCAGAACCUGAAGAAGCUAUUUCGCUGGUAACAGAGUCCUCCCUUGGCAGCAUCCCCUCACCCAGGCUUUCUGAACACAUUGCCACAGCAGCUCCUGGGAGGAAAAUAACUCCAGAUGCAGCAAACUUUUUGACAGCUGAUAAAUCCCCUCCUCUCCCUGCCACGGGUGCAGUGGCCACGCAGACCUCAGAGAUGCCCGUGCUCACCACUGUCACUGUGAGGCCACCUUCUGCAGCUCCCCCUGUGCAAAUGGCCCUCAAGCUGCCUCCUGUUCCUGCCAGGCAUGGUGCAUCUCUGCAUCCUUGUGAAACAAGGUCUUUAAGCUGUCAGUCUAAAACAUCUGUAAGCCAGACAAGCUUCUGUGCUAGUAAAGUACUGCUGGAAAAUCCUUUGGGAAGUGUGCCCCAGUUUGGACCUGCUCCUCUUCCUGUUAUCUCUCCAUCCAAGCAGAGAUCAAAAAUCAAGAGCAUGGCUGCUGCUGCAGUGUCUGCUGCCAUUGCUGUCCGGGCCAGACUCUUUGAUCCUAGUGCCUACCACUCCCUCCUGGAUGCCCUCUUCAUCACCCCUGUCACCAAGCCUCCUCUGCAGGCCACCGGCCUCUCCAGGAAGCCCCCAAGUGCUCUGGAGUUGCCAAAAAUCAAAAGUGAUUCCCUGGAAGCCACCCAGCCUGCUGCUUUUACAGCCUCCUCGACAAGGAGCAUGCCAGCCCGCCAAGAAAACGCCGACGUGAGAGCUGCUGCCUCCAGCACCGCCUCGGCUGCAGCCCUGAAGCCAACGGGACCCCCAGGUGCUGCCAAGCACACGGGCUGGCAGCCUGCAAACCAAACAGCUCCUGCCAGUGGAUGGACAUCCAACAGUGUUAAACCACCUGGAACAAGUGACCCAAGUGAAAAGUUUGCCCCAGCACCUCAGCUAAAUGAGCAAGACACCUUGGUUCAGAGGGCAGAGCAUAUUCCUGCAGGAAAGAGGACUCCUAUGUGUGCACACUGUAACCAAGUCAUUAGAGGACCCUUCUUGGUAGCCUUGGGGAAGUCAUGGCAUCCAGAGGAGUUUAAUUGUGCUCAUUGCAAAACCUCCAUGGCUUACAUUGGAUUUGUGGAAGAGAAAGGGGCCCUGUACUGCGAGGUCUGCUAUGAGAAGUUCUUUGCCCCUGAGUGUUCAAAGUGCCAGAGGAAGAUCCUUGGGGAAGUAAUAAAUGCUUUGAAACAAACUUGGCAUGUUUCCUGCUUCGUGUGUGUGGCCUGUCAUAACCCCAUCCGCAAUAACGUCUUCCACUUAGAAGACGGCGAUCCCUACUGUGAGACGGAUUACUAUGCCCUCUUUGGUACUAUGUGCCAUGGCUGUGAAUUUCCCAUUGAAGCUGGAGACAGGUUUCUUGAAGCCUUGGGCCACACUUGGCAUGACACUUGCUUUGUAUGCUCAGUAUGUAGUGACAGUCUGGAGGGUCAGACUUUCUUCUCCAAGAAGGACAAGCCACUGUGCAAGAAACAUGCUCACUCUAUCAACAUCUGAUGCUCGGAGCUUGUUUUGUGUAACAGAUUUAUUGAGCAGAAAAGAAGGUUAAAAUGUUUAUGUUCAGUAAUUGGUUAAAAUUAUUUAUAUGUGAAUUUCUAGAAUGUAAGACAAAUUGGAAUGGAAACUAAUUUUUUAGGAUGUCAUCAGAUUUUUGCUUGACAAAAGGGUAGGAAUCCUCAACUGCACCCAAGCCAAAUGAUUAGAAUGUCUUUACCCCUGCCCUUGGCACAUUACCAUAUUGGUUCAUGAUUUUAUGACCACUUUUAUAUCUGGUCCAGUAGAAGAAGUGAAACAUAUAUAAAAACAGAUAGCUGAUACUAAAAGUCUUGGGUUUGCUGCUACUCAACAAAUAAAAGAUGAGCUUCAACGAUCCCAAUAACUUAUUGUGCUGAUGUUUUUUAAAGCAUAUCUAGAAGUAUUGCAGCGAAAGUCCAUUAAAAGAAACUCAAAGCAGAGAGAUUACACAGAAUAUGUAGUUCAACAACUGAUAUUUUUAUCUGACACUCAUAUCCAUUAAGCCUCUUGCCAAAAUUAUGUUUACCUGUGCCUUGCAGUUAAAUCUCUGAUGAGUUUUUUUACAAAGGAGUUGAGUGGGGCAGUGGCUACACUGGUGAACAAGAAUAGUUUAGAAGAUGCCACUUAGAAGAAGAAAACAGAAAUGGGAUACUCUUCCUUACUACCUGAACACUUGCCUAAAAACCUGCUAGGAAAGGUGGAUUUGACAAACGAAAAUGUCAGAUCAGACCUUAAAAAUAUGGGGGCAGGGAAUUACACUCAUGUUCACUGUUCAGGUAUUAAAUAAUUUUAAGUGCCUUGGAAUGGGGAAGUUGCACUAAAUCUGCAGGUAACAGUGUUUUAUAUAAAGAACGUGAGAUUGGUGUUGAAUGAGAGGAAAUUGCUUAAGUGCAGCUGAGGACAUUGUUUUUCUCUCAGUACAUUCUUUACCAUGAGCUCAUGAAUAUGUAUAUUGGUGGUGUGCCAGGUAGUGUAUCAAAAACUUACUCUUUUUCUCAGCUGUUAUGGUUUUUACUAGGUAAGGUUUCAUUUCUCUCUUUUCCUCCAGAUGUAAGGAAAAUAUUGUUGAAUGAUAGAAUACUGAGUUGGGCAGCUCAGUAUCACUCAGUUCUUGCAAAGGAGCAGAGAGACAAUGCUGUCAUUUACUGUGACAGAGCCAGUUCUUUGGCUUGAUAAGAAUUUCACCUCCAUGCAGAUAGAUAUUCAGGGCAAGACCUGAGCUAAAUCCCACUUAACUUCAAAUUAGGGAUUAAGUGGUAGUGACUCUGCUCAGGAUGAGUUGCACAACAGGACUUGGAUUAGAUGCCUGAAGGAAACUGAAUUUGAAUGCUAUUUGAUUCAUCUGCCAUGUAUGAGCUGAAUUCUUUGUCUUCAGUGCUCUUUCCUGUAGACAUUAAAAGUAACCAUUUAUGGGGUUUGUUGUUAUGGGUUCAUUUUUACUGAUACAAAGGACAGGUUUAUCCAUAAAACCAUGGAGGAAAGUGACCAAAAAAAAAUUGCCAUGGUUAAGUAAAGCAAUUAUAAAAAGGAAUGUCAA